AUGAAGAGGAGAAGGAUAUUGAAGAUGAUGAAGAGAAGGGGUCAAUCCAGUUGUCUGACUUACACAGGAGAGCAGUGGACCAGGCCUUGAAGAGUGAGAAUGGACACCUGGACCUGUUCCUCCGCUUCCUCCUGGGUCUCUCACUGGCGUCCAAUCAGAAUCUGUUACGAGGCCUUCUGACACAGACAGGAAGUACAACACAGACCAAUGAGAGAACAGUCAGGUACCUUUCAGACAAGAUCAACCAGGAAUCCUCACCAGAAAGGAUCAUCAACUUGUUCCACUGUCUGAAUGAACUUGGUUCCAACUCUCUAGUUGAAGACAUGCAGACCUCCCUGCAUUCAGGAACUCUUUCAGAAACAAGGCUAAAACCUGACCAAUGUUCAGCCCUGGCCUACCUGUUACUGAUGUCAGAGGAGGUGCUGGAGGAGUUUGACCUGAAGACAUGCAACACAUCAGAGAAAGGUUAUCAGAGGUUGCUGCCGGUGGUGAGAACCUGCAAGAGAGCACUACUGGAUCGCUGUGAACUCACAUAUGAAUCCUGUGAGACUCUGGCCUCAGCUCUGCAGACACCAAACUCCCCCCUGAGAGAACUGGACCUCAGCUACAAUGACCUGGGAGACAGAGGAGUGGAGCUGCUCUGUGUUGGACUAACCAGUCCCCUCUGCAACAUACAGACACUAGUACUGGUUGACUGUAAAAUCACACAUGAAUCCUGUGAGAUUCUGACCUCAGCUCUGCAGACACCUCAGCUCUACAACUCCCCCCUGAGAGAACUGGACCUCAGCUACAAUGACCUGGGAGACAGAGGAGUGGAGCUGCUCUGUGUUGGACUAACCAGUCCACUCUGCAACAUACAGACACUAGUACUGGUUGACUGUAAAAUCACAUAUGAAUCCUGUGAGACUCUGGCCUCAGCUCUGCAGACACCAAACUCCCCCCUGAGAGAACUGGACCUCAGCUACAAUAACCUGGGAGACAGAGGAGUGGAGCUGCUCUGUGUUGGACUAACCAGUCCACUCUGCAACAUACAGACACUAGUACUGGCUGAAUGUUACCUCACAUAUGAAUCCUGUGAGACUCUGGCCUCAGCUCUGCAGACACCAAACUGCCCCCUGAGAGAACUGGAACUCAGCUACAAUGACCUGGGAGACAGAGGAGUGGAGCUGCUCUGUGUUGGACUAACCAGUCCCCUCUGCAACAUACAGACACUAUCUCGGUCAGUGUGGUCUGACAGAGGGUUGCUGUUCAGAUCUGGCUUCAGUCCUGAGUUCACCCAACUCACAACUGAACCAACUGGAGCUGAGAGACAAUGA